AUGGCGCUCAACAAUUUCCUCUUCGCGCAGUGCGCCUGCUACUUCCUGGCCUUCCUGUUCAGCUUCGUGGUGGUGGUGCCGCUGUCCGAGAAUGGCCACGACUUCCGCGGCCGCUGCCUGCUCUUCACCGAGGGCAUGUGGCUGAGCGCCAACCUGACGGUGCAGGAGCGCGAGCGCUUCACCGUGCAGGAGUGGGGCCCGCCGGCCGCCUGCCGCUUCGCCCUGCUGGCCAGCCUCCUCUCGCUGUUGCUCGCCGCGGCGCACGCCUGGCGCACGCUCUUCUUCCUCUGCAAGGGACACGAGGGCUCCUUCCUCUACGCCUUCCUGAACCUGCUGGUCAGCGCCUUCGUGGUCUUCCUGGUCUUCAUCGCCAGCACCAUCGUGAGCGUGGGCUUCACCAUGUGGUGUGACUCUGUCACGGAGAAGGGCACCGUGCCCCACAGCUGCGAGGAGCUCCAGGACGUCGACUUGGAACUGAACGCGGACAACUCUGCCUUCUACGAUCAGCUCGCGGUCGCCCAGUUCGGCCUCUGGGCCUCGUGGCUGGCCUGGCUGGCCAUCACCAUCCUGGCCUUCCUGAAAGUCUACCACAACUACCGCCAGGAGGACCUGCUGGACAAACUGGUCCACGAGAAGGAGCUGCUGCUGGCCAGGCCGGCCCCCCAUGCCACCUUCCAGGGCGAGAAGAGCGCUGUCAUCUAG